UAGUUGCCUGAAUGAAUCAUAAAUCACCGUGAACGAUGUCAUGAAGGCAGUUUCGAUUCACUUUCAAUUUUGGGGGGGUUUGGCUCGCUCUUCUAUCUAUUAAAGCAUCCGGAUCCCACUCAUGGCUAAGAUUAUCUCGAAGUGUGUGGGUGACUGAUACAUAAAAGUAUCUCCCCCACCCGUCAGUUGGCGCUCAGUCCCCCCUCCCCAAUCCGAGUUUUCGCUGUUUCUGUGUCUUCUAGUGGACAGCGCAGAUACGUAGUGUUCAAUAUGACAGAUCAGACUGGGUUGUCCCUUCCCAAAUCUUAUUUCCUGUCGGUCUUCUGCGAGGGAAUAUUCCAUGGCAUGUAUACGACUCUGUUCUGCAGCGCAAUGUAUCUGCUUUUACACAGACGGAAAUCGAAAAGAAUCACGAAUACUAUCAUGACGAUUUUGACUGUGGUCAUGUAUUGUAUAUCCACCGUCCAUCUUGCGCUCUCUGUGCGUAUGAACUUGGUAGCGCUGUUCACGCAAAAGGCAGCAGAUGGUGGAGAAACACUGUAUGAUGACCAGGGGUCCCCGUUGUACUUUGGUCAAGUCGCUUUUGAGGUUAUCAAUUGCGUUCUCGGUGAUUCAAUAGUGACAUGGCGGACAUGGGUUCUCUGGGGUCGCGACUGGAGAGCGAUCUACUUUCCAUGUUUUCUCAUGGUCGGUAGCUCUGUCACAGGAAGCGUCAUGGUUUACCAAUUCUCGUUAUCGCCUCCUGGCCAACCGAACUUCAGCAAUAAUACCACCAUCUGGUUUUCGAUAUUCGGUGGAUUCAGUUUCCUUACAAAUUUCUAUGCUGUUAUCGUGAUCUCGCUCAAAACAUGGUUGCACCAAAGAAAAAUGAAGCGUGUUUGCGUUGAUGUCCUUGUUAAUGGACCUCGAUACUAUGGUGCUUUGUUUCUGGUUAUAGAGUCUGGUGGGAUUUAUUGCAUAGCCGUGAUUUUGGUUAUUAUCUUCUUCGUCCAGUCAAGUAAUGUUGUCAUUAUACUUGCCGACAUGCUUGCGCAUCUUACUGGAAUAUAUCCGACCGUCAUCAUCGUUCUAGUAUGCUUGAAAUUGACUCAGCAUGAUGAGAUGACGCGUAAAGAAGCUACGCUUGCCUCAAUGCAAUUUAGAGGACAUCCGCUGGCAACCACGACUAUUCAAAACGAAGCUAUGAACCCCUCAAGAACCUAUCCCCUCCGGCCAAUGAAGUUCAAUGGACUGGGUAGCCAUAUAGAAGACUCACCUGCAGGUGGGAGUAGUGAUGACAUCGAUGAUUCCGAGGGCAACCUAGGCCUUUCGCGAAAAGAGUCGGACAUAAAAUUUAAACAGCAUGAUGUUGUCAUUGAUUUCGAUGAAGAAUAAAUUUAUCAUACGGGAUCUUCACGCGUCUAGAUGGCACUUCUUUCCCCACCGAACAACUUCGGACUUUGGACUCAUAUAUUGAUACUUACAAAUUACUCGCCGUAGUAAGAAACAAUAUGAUGGUCAUUCAUAGCUACCAGGCUAUACUUAGAAAUAG